AUGAGCGACGCGCCACCGACGAGCGACGCCGGUGCGGGACGCGCGCGACGCGUCGGCCUCCUCGAGGCGCUCGCGGGGACGCUCGCGCGAUGCGAGGAGCGAUUGAACGAGGUGAACGAUAAGUACACGUUCGAGCUGUGCCCGGAGUACAGGCUGAAGAUGGGAAAGACGAUCGGACGAGCGACGAGGGUGGGGAUGACGUACGACGCCCACGCGCGAAGGUACAGGGUGGCGGUGAAACACGCGGUGAGGGGAGGUAAAGACGAAGACGAAGACGAAGACGAGGACGAGGACGAGGCGACGGCGCGAGCGAGGCCGAUGUUUUGGAAGGCGAUGAAGAAGAUCGUGUUCGAUCCGGAGGAGAAAAGAGUGGAAGUGUUCACGCAGCGAUUGUCGUGCGGGCCGCUGUCGCUUCGAGGGGUCGGAGAGUACGACGUCGAACGAAGCGAGUGGGGACUGCGGUGGCAGCUGCAGACGUUUCACAAGGAAAAGAAACGAUUGCGUUCGGCGGAAGUGAAGCUCACGGAGCGCGUGCGAGGGUGCAUGCGUUGGGAUGUGUCGAGCGCGGCGCCGGAAGUUGAGGGAAAGGUUGGAUCGGGGGAGAAGUUCACGUUUGACGUCGACGUGGGAUCGUACCACGUCAGCGUUCCGCGUUUAGAGUUGAAGAUUGAUCUCGACCAUAUGUGA